GAUCUUUCGCCCUCCAUGAGUCCGCAACAGCUCGUACAGGAUUCUUCAAAACAAAGGAUCCAUCACCAGAUCGGUCUGCUAUCAAGGACAUUGGUGCCGACUCCGACUAUUCGCUCGAUAAUCCCAGUCCGGAUCCGAUCAUCGACGAAAGACGAUUAUGUCUGUAUAGGCAGAGACUUUAUUCAACUCUUUGAGGUUGAGUCCGAUGCCCGUGUCACUCAUAUCGCGACAAAGAGUGACUUUGACAGCGAGAUUGGUUCGGCCAAUGUUAUCGGUCACUUCGAUCCGUACGAAAGCGAAAACAAAGAGUCCACCGACGACACAGAUGGUGACAACACAGGUGGCAACAGCAAUUGUUCUGAAAGCCCUACGGGCCCACAGAUGCUUGCCUUUACCCUUAUUGGCACAGCGCAGCUAUUCUUUCUCACAGCUUUGGAUGCCGAGAAUGGCAAAGUUAUUUUCAAGGGAUUGUGCGUACCUAUGCCUAUCUUCAUCAAUCCGCCGCGAGUGCACGGAAAUGCUAUAGCGGUGGAUCCCUACUCUCGAGCUGUGGCAGUGGCCAUCGGUGAGCACAAAGUCUUUGUGUGUUAUGCGAAUCGAGCAGAACUACUGAGAUCGGGGCAACAAAGAUGGAACGAGGGGUUCAUCCUAGUCUCUAGCUCCCAGACCAUCAAGGAAGUGCCUGGUACUAUCUUGCUAAUGGACUUCCUUUACCCGCCGAAACACGAUCGAGACCGGAUUAUCUUACUCAUGAUUGUCCUGCAUGAUAAAGUUGUAAGACCAUUAUGGGUUGAGUGGUCAAACUUCGAAAAAGCCGAGUCUGCGGCAAUCAGGCAGGCUCACAGGAUCUUCUUGUGCAACGCAGCCUUUGUACUCGCUACCGGAAGAGGCCUCAAGAUCUUCGAGAACAUUUUGACCUCAUCGAUGACCACGAGCGUUCUGGUUCUUGAUCGAGAGGAUCCACCAGAGCACUAUCCACCAUCUUCAUAUAAACCGCUUUGGUCCAGAUGGGUGCGACCCAGAAGAGACAUCGAGGACGAAGAGGAAGAUUACAUCUACCUGAUAUCCGAGGAUGGUAACGUCUAUUAUCUGGUGUUUGACCAAUACUCGCCUGGAGAAGGCGUCGUUGUCAAUCCUGUCGGAAGCCUGGAAUGUCAUGUGGAUUCAGCAUGUGCGCCGUUCGGAAGGUCGAACCAAGGGGACAUCCUAAUCGUCCAUGGUGCGUCAAGCACGGGUUGUGUCUGGAUGUGUCGCCAAGCUCCUGCCACUGAUUCAGAGCCGAGGGGUGGUAUGCACGGCUUCGUCGUGAGCUCGUUACCGAACUGGUCAGAGAAUCUGGAUCUGGUAGCUAAGCCCACGUCACGUAGAAGACUACCGGUAUACUCGAGGGACACUCUAUUUGCACCUAGUGGUCGACAACCUUACGGCCAGAUCACGGAGCUACGCAUGGGUCUUGAAGCACGCAUCGGCGCUCGUGUCAAAGGACACGCUCCGUUCAAUAUCGUGUCACAUGCGUGGAUUCUUCCUCUUCCAGUAGGGGAUGUGUUCUUCAUGGUUCUUUCCUGUCCAGGGCAGACCCAUGUUUUGUCGCUACCGCAUUCUCCUGAGCAUUCUGACUUCAAUGACAUACAAGCCGUGAGGACCGCUGGUCUUGACAUGCAGCACUCGACGCUCGCCGUAGCCAUGAUAGCGGGCAACUGUGUCUUCCAGAUUACAGAAUCUGCGAUCUCAUUUAGUCGCAAUGCUCAAGACAGUUUGCUUGUUGAGCAGUGGCCGUCGGGGUACAAAGCUGUCGCGGCAGCGAUCGAGAACAACAUUCCGUGUGCAGUCAUCGCACUACGCAUCGCAGGAAGAUCAGAACUUCGGUCACUCAAAGUUGAUGACGUUGAUGACGAGACAGUGUCUAUUUCGCAUCUUGGCAAGCCUAUACAAACAGAGGGUGAGGUGAUAUCUUUGGCCAUCCAUUCUACCGGGAUGUUGACGUUCGUCGUCGCUGGCGACUCCAACGGCACACUGCAUAUCUUCAGAGUCUCUCCGAAGAACGGACUCGAGCCUUACCUGGAGCAUGAGAUUCUCCAGAACCCAGAUCACUUGGAUGACCUCGAGGCCUUGAACGUCUGCGAAGAUAUUCUUGUCCUGGGCGAGCAGGUUUCAUCAGAGAAGCCUGCCGAUCUUAUUGUCCUUUGCGGCUUGCGAGGUGGUUCAGUCUAUGCACUCGAGCUUCGAGUCGGUCUAGAUGGUAAGUGCUGCAUCCAACGUACUAAACGAGCUCACUACUCACAUCGAUAUANNGCAUCACUACAUAUCAGUUCGCAAAGACACUUUAGCUUGGGAUUGACGACGGUCAAUCUUAACUUCGGGAGGAGCCAUAUGUCUGCAUUUGCAACUUGUGGCGAUGGGUUGUUCAGUAUCACUAUGAAAGACACCAGACUGAGCGCCAUAAACAUCUCUGAUGUAUACCUAACAGAGGGCUCGCACUACUUCCACCAAGAUCCUGUUGUGGCCAUGACAAUGGUCCCGUAUCAUGAGACAUCGAGCUUGUCCGAAGCCUUUAUCGUCAUCUCAGGAGACUCCUGUCUCGUGACAGCGGUAUCCGAUAGGCGACAGAUGAUCCCGAAUCACAUCGAUGUUCCGGGAUCUCCUCAUACACUGAUCGAGUCUAGACCACUGAACUGCCUUGUCAGCGCGUCUUCCUAUGUAUGGAAGCGUUCUCCGACGACUAGGGCUUUACGUGAUGUGGUUCAAUUUAGCGCAGGCGACUGGAGUUGCACCUGGGAGACAGACAUCGGUUGGAAGGUUCACUCGAUGACCGAAUGGUCUUUCAGAAGAACACCCGACGCUGCACGACAUGUCUUGAUCGCAGUUGCCGUUGGCCGGGCUACGCGAUUUGACGAGGUCGCUCCUCCCGGAUCAAUGAACGGCAAAAUCUACCUGCUUCGACCUCCAGCUGUGGGUAAAGAGGGCAACAUCCAAGUUUCACAAUCGAAGCAGUUGCAGUUCGAAUCUCCUGUAACAGCGAUUGCAACCUAUAGCGACACGCAAAUCAUAGUGUGCUCUGGGAAAAAGGUAUACUUCUUCGAGUGUGACGUCGAAACGUUAAGGUUCCAUGAAGUAUGCCAUUUUGUUAUGCAUAGUGCUGGUAUGCGCGUGACUACUGCGCCACCACACAUACACAUCACUACCGAACGCGACUCAACGCUUACGCUCCAACUGGUCAACAGCCCAAACGAUCCAACUUCGAAGAUACUUCGAAACGUCGCCAGGGGUGAUGGAGCACGGCAAUCUACUAGCCAUACAACCAUCGACGUCUCACAAGAUGAUCAAACAACGUUGAGCUUCAAUCUGACGAGCACACUGAACGGAGAGCUCGUCGGCUUGAGGGUACCAGACCCCAGCCAACCCCCGAUAAUAGCUUCCCACGACAAGCUUUUCACUGCAAAACUCUUCCGCUCGGUCAUGCGUGUUGUGGAAGCCAAAGUGCGUCCACCAUGGAAGCCUGUACACAAGACCUCCGCCGUCCUCAAAGACGACCUCGUCGGCAUUACCACAGACGGAACGGUUUACGGGUUCGCGGUUCUUGAUGAAUACACAGCAAAUCGCCUGCGAUGGGUGCAGAGGCUGUGCCAGCGCAGCCCUGAAAUCUGUCCCUUUACCUACAGCACACCGCCGACGAUUACGCAAAACGGGAUUACCAAAGCAAUACCGAUGAUACUGCCGCCUCUUGGUUUCGAAAACCCGUCUGACGCAACUCGUUGGAGUGGAGAUAUGGUGAGGAAGCUCAGGAGACACAGGGCCGAUGAUAUGCACGUCGACGGCGACAUCUUGGCUCGAUUGUUGGAGCAGGAGGACAGUGUGGAAGUGCUCACCUCUAUCCUUGAUGCUGAGGCCAAGAAGAGGNUCCACGAUCCCAUCUCAAGCUGGGUUCGUGAUAAUCUGGAGGCGCAGAAGGCGGAGGUUGGGACACUGGUUGCCGAAGCCACGGCUGCUGUUGAUCGAUGGUGGUGA